AUGAGCGAUAAUUAUUUACAAAUAACCCCCGAAAUAGUAAGAUCAUAUACAAAAACAACUGAAACUUUUUUAUGUCCUCUAAAAGCGAAUCAUUAUAAUAUAUAGUUUUUGAGUUUCAGAAUAAGAGACAUGGAUACAAACAAGAUUUUUUUUUAAAUACAAAAAGAACAAGCAAGUGAUGAAGAAUAAGAAAUUCUCAAUAAUUAAGAACUAACAAAAGAAGAAGAAGAAGAAUGGAGAACUGUCAGAUAUCAUUUUGGACCCGAAUUUUUUAAAAUAAAAACUAUUGGCACUUAAUUAUAAUUUUCUAUAGGGAAAAAACCCAUUAAGAACUUCUUAAUGAUAGAAAGACAUUAUUUUAAUGAUCAAAUUAUUUAAUCUUAUGAGUUCAAGUUCCCCUUUUGUAUUCCAGAUACUGUUAAUGAUUGGGAGUCUAUCUAUGAUGUACCUAUCCUUGAUGAAAAGUUAGUAUAGGAAAUGAUUAAUAGUCCUUGGAAAACUAAAUCAGACUCCUUUUAUUUUGUUGAAAAUGAAUUAGUUAUGCAUAAUAAAGCUGAAUAUAAUUACUCUCCUAUUGAUUUUUCGGAUGAUGAUGAAUAAAAUUUAGAUGAGCAUUAAUGAUUACUCUUUUAAAAAAUAAAAAUAA